CACUGGUGUUGGUGUCUAUAUCAAUCAGUAUAUCAGCGAUCUGCUUGUUGCCCUUGUUCCUGGUAUGGAUUGAUGCGGUGGAGUUUGGCUACCCGCUCUGGUAGUGUUAUGAAUCUUUUUUGUCGUUCUGCUCGCUUCCCUGUUGCUCGGAAGUUAUGGCGGAAGUUGUUCGCUGACUGGAAUUCAAUCGCUCGAAGCCGAGCGGGGUUAAUGCUGCUGUAACUGUAAACGCUAAUUUUUGAGUCAACCGCACCUGCUACCGGAAGUCUCGCCUCUUCUUCGUGAUCAUUGGUGCCUCUGGGGAAUUUGCGCUCACUGAUUGGACGGCCACGCUAUCGAUCAUCCAAGGGGCGGGACGGUUGGCGCAGUUAAGUCACAGCACUUUGAAAAUGGACUUAGAAGACUGCAAUGGUCGUGGUUAUAUUUCAGGGAGUGGUGACUCUUCAAUGGACAAGGAGUUCUCUGGGGCGAUGGUUGGCCCCACUGUGAGCACGCCCAACAGUCAACACUCUUCACCCAGUCGUUCUUUGAGUGCCAACUCCAUCAAGGUUGAGAUGUACAGCGAUCAAGAGGCAGGGAGGCUUCUGACACAGGAGGAUGGCGCUAGUGAUAAAGAUGAAGCAGUCAUUGUGGAUGUGUCUUUUUCGGACCCGCUAGGAUUCUUUGAGGGCACGGGGCAGGGACCUCAUUCUCCUGGAGGGAUUCGCCUUCCUAAUGGAAAACUGAAGUGUGAUCUUUGCGGAAUGGUCUGCAUCGGACCGAAUGUUCUAAUGGUACAUAAGAGGAGUCAUACUGGUGAACGCCCCUUCCAUUGUAACCAGUGUGGCGCCUCAUUCACACAGAAAGGAAAUCUCCUGCGGCACAUCAAAUUACACUCUGGGGAGAAGCCUUUUAAAUGUCCAUUCUGCAAUUAUGCCUGUCGGAGAAGGGAUGCACUCAGUGGACAUCUCCGAACGCAUGCAGUCUCCUCUCCCACGGUCGGGAAGCCUUACAAAUGUAAUUACUGUGGUCGGAGUUACAAGCAGCAGAGUUCACUGGAGGAGCACAAGGAGCGCUGUCACAACUACCUACAGAGUCUGAAUGCUGAGCCACCACAGCCAUCUACUCAGCAAGCAGGGGAGGAGAACCGUGACAUGGAUGUGAUGCCUGACCAUAUCCUUCAGCCAGCCCCUGACAGGCCUUCUUUUAUAGAUAGGCUUGCUAACACCAUUGCAAAACGAAAAAGAUCUACUCCGCAGAAAUUUGUGGGUGAUAAACACAUACGCCUCAACCUAACUGAUGUUCACUUUGAGGUUAACUCCAAUUUUGAGAAGGAUGUAGAGAUGAUGGCUCCUCACCCCAUGGACCAGAAUUUGGGCAGUGCACUGUCCUAUCUAGGAACUGAAGCGAUGAGGCCUCCGAGGCUCCCCAUGACUAGUUGCGCACCGGAGAUCACGCCAGUGAUCAGUGCUGUCUACUCCCAUGUACAUCCCAUCCACAGCCGAGCUGAGGCACAGGGAAGUAGAGAGGCAGCAGAAGGUCACGAUGACGUGCCAGAACAUCUGAAUUCUAGAGCAAAAAACCAGCUGGUGGAGCUUGGAGUGUCUCCAAGCAAUGGUUGCCAUGAUUCCACAGAUACAGAAAGCAGCCAUGAAGACAGGAAUGCCCAAACUUUCCCCAGUAACUAUGCCACACGGCAAAGCCCGGCCUAUUCCAAAGAGGACCCAAAGGCACAGGAGCCCCCAUCAUCUGCCAAAGCAGCUCAAAGCUCAGCCAAAGAGGUCCUAAGAGUCUUAAAUGAAGAUGGAGAACAAGUUAAGGCUUAUAAGUGUAACCACUGCCGGGUUCUCUUUCUUGACCACGUAAUGUUUACCAUUCACAUGGGUUGCCAUGGAUUCAGAGACCCUUUUGAAUGCAACAUCUGCGGCCACCACAGCCAGGAUCGGUACGAAUUCUCCUCUCACAUUGUCAGAGGAGAGCACAAAGUGAGUUAGAGAGGGCCAUGUGGACUACAGUUUUCUACGCCCCUUGCUCUGGCUUCAUCUAAAGAAAGAGGUGUUCUUACUAGGGUUGGACAAGAUCAUUGUUUCAGGGAUUAAUCUACAGAAUAAACUGGGGUUAAAUUUGGCUCUGCUUUUAAAAUUAAAUCUAAAUGUUCCCCAUCAGGAGCUUUUUUUAUUUCUGUUGCAUCUUUUAACCCAAGGAUGCUAACCUUGAAAUUUUGUGGAAAGGAGCAAUGAAUAUUUCUAGGAACCCAAUUUUACAGUUGAUGCCAGUUAAUGAAGAUUUGGAUUAAGGUACUUUUUUUUUUGAAGCACUGAAUAUUUUAUGUACAUAAGGCAGUGUAGAUGGUCUCAUCUUAAUAUGGAUGAAUUGAAAAUAGGAUUUUUGUUCCUACCAAAACACUCCAUUUAAUGGACUUCAACUGGUUUUUGAUCAUCUGGAUAGUAGAGAGCUCAGCUGUUCUCAAAUCCUGAAGAUCAUGUAUAACUUUAGAAGAGCAACAGCAGGUGAAAACCACUUACUGAUCCCCUUAGCGUUGUAUGAAUUCUUAACUUAGAAAAAUAAGUGUUUUGACCAAAUUACCUGAAUCAAGGAGAACUACCUAUGUUUGUGUCUUAGCAACAUUUGUCUUUGGAAUAUGAAAUUGUACAGGUUCCCAUUUUUAAUAUUAAUGAGUUUAACUUUUAAACUAUUUGAACAUCUUGGAAAUUUUGACACUUUUUAAAAAAGAUAUGAAUUGCCCAUUAUUGUUUUCAAGUCCUGGUUCAAAAACUGUGGAUUAAUCCCAGAGUAUUGUAACUUGACUACUCAGUUAUGUAAUUUAAGAUGUUCAGCCAGAUUCUGUGAUAGCAUUGGGGGUGGGGGAGGGAUUUAUUGUUGAAAUUAACCUUUUUAAAAGAACAAAAGUUUUUAACUGCUUCAGUUUGAAGAUUUCCCACUGAUGUAGUAGUUAAUGUGCCUCCUUUGUCACUGUGGUUACAAAUUCAAACCCUGUCAAUAGUUCAUGUUCACUUGCCUCCUAUACAUGUGGUGAGCUUUGUAAAGUCUCUGUUGAACCAAUGUACCAUCUUGCCCUGUGCAAAGUGACCAGCCUGUCUGCUGAGCAACAGAAGUACCCUGACAAUAUACAAGGUCAUUAAGCCAUGGGGGUGAGUGGAAUUUUAGGAGCUAUUGUCAUUAAAUCAGACCAUUUAUAAAAUUUAGUGUCAUAGGUAAUCCAAACUACCUCGUUAUCACUAUUGGAUAUUAUAACUACCAUGAUGCACCCGUGGAUUACAAGAGGCUUUAAAUUGGUGGCUAAUGUUCAUAGGUAAUUAACAUCUUGCCUAUUCCCCUUCCCUUUCACCACCAAGAAAGCUGUUUGAUGUCAAUGUGUAGCCAACCACUUAGACAAUGAACUCACAAUAAAAUGCACAGACUUAUUGGUGCAUGAUAGUUUCUAUUGCUCAGUUCCAUGGUUAAGAGCAUCAGUGCCCUGUUUUAAUAAAAUAUUGACUUGUGGUCAGGUGGUACAGUUAAUAUAUGUACUGUCUGAAGUUCAAACCUUCCGCAAAGUCAGUAUUCCAAUUCAUUACCUACCAUGUGCAUAUUGAGUUCCUUUAGUUCUUGGCUGAAACGCUGCAGUGCUUAACACUCUGAAGAGAGGUAGCCAUCUGUGUUAGUGCUCGCCAACACUGGAGCAGCAUUUGUAUUAGAAGCUGUGAAGAAAUGUGAGUGUUAUGUAGGAAUGUGCAGUUUUAAAACUUUAAUCAUAUAAUAUAAAUAUUUUAGUUCCGACCAAAUAUGGUUGCAGGAAGAAGGUUAAUAUAUUUUAAACAAUUAAUGUGUUAUCUAUUAAAAGGACUUUCCAAAAUGUUGAGGUUUUAAAUAUUGUCAGCAUUCAUAUUUAUAAUUUUAAAAUUCUGUAGUCUAAAAAUUUAGAUGCUUCACACUCCUGUGUUGUCAGCUCCAAAUCCAGACCUAGGCCACUUCAGCCACACUCACAGUGAAUAUAUCCAUUCUACGUUGCUUACUGGAUUGAACGUCGUAUGGGAGUUGGAUAUUGCCAGCUACUGCAACCAGUGAGGCACAGGAAAGCUUUUCUUUAGAGAUAGGUGAAUAAGAGAGAGAAAGAAUGAAGAAAAGCAAGAAGAAAGAUUAUAAUCCCUCUCCCUUCUAAUAAAGGAUAUUGUAUGAAUGCACACAGCCAUGAUUGAAUAUCUUUACUCGAUUAAUCAGCUGCUGUUCCAAAAAUGACAUUGUUUUUCUUCAAGUUUGUAAGUUUUUACAAAGAGGGAAACUAUGACAUCAACAAUUUCCAAAACACCAGUCCAAACUCUAUAUUGAGUUCUCAAGGUGGUUUACUGGGUUAUAGUUUUCUUUUGUCCAACCCUAGUUCUUAACCAGUUUUCUUUUUCUGUUUUUCCAUGAUUGAUUUGUUUUGAACUGACACUUCUAAGAAUUGUACCUUGAAUUUGUAGAGUUUAAUUGUCUUUGCACAUUAAUUUUUAACACGUAAAUGUGUUGCACACUGCUAGGGCAGCACAAGUUAGCUUCCAAUGUCUUAUGUAGACUCUAGAUGUAAUUUCAAUGCCUUCCUUUUUCAUCCUUUAUUUUGAACACUCUUGUAAGAUUUAAGUUUAAUCUGUGCAAGGUACAAUUAUUUAAACCUACUUUAAAAGGCCCUGCUAUAUUAGUAGAAAUUUCUAUAUCUGUGCUCAAUACAAUCUUGUAUUUCUAGUCUCUGCAGGAAUGGGACAAGCUACAGAUUGGUAAGAGCAACCUAGAGUCCCUGUAACACAGCUAGUCCUCUAAGCUGUGGGGACAGAUAAACUUGGAAACAAAUUUUAUCUGCCCUGUCAAUGUUGAGUUAGAUGCAAAGGGGAAAUGUUUUAAAUUUGGUUGUUGUUUCUGAGCCAGCUUUUAAAUAAAAUUACAAAUAAGAAAAAGUGGCUCCUUUUGGAAAUUAAGAUGAGAAAUUGCUUUCAACCAUAACAAGGAAAUCCUAGGCAAUGGUGGUGGACCAUUGUUCAUUGUAGGAGAUUUGUGCUUAAGACUUUAGGUUUAUCUAUCCAACAUGCUUUUUGUGCCUUUUUUAAUGCUUGCACAUGUCACUUGAUGGUACCAUUGUAUUUUGGCAAAUUAAGUGUGCGCUAAGUUUGCAAUCCAACUGCAUAAGGCCACAAAGGUCGAGCAUCUGUGAAUUGGGAAUAUCGCCCUAGUGCAGUAAAAUUAAAGGUUUCAACUCCACCAACUUGGCUGUUCUUGUACCUGACCUUAAAAGGCAUCUCAUUUCCAAAAUAGUUAUCCACUGUGGUGUUGAGCAGAUCUACCUGAUGGAGGAAAACCUGCACCAACCAGCAUUCCAGUAAGUUUCUGAAUCAGGUAAUGUACACUUAGAACCAGAUUACAUUUUGCUUUUAUUUGCAAUUAAUAAGGAGUCUUCAGUGAACAUUUGGUCAGCGAGUAAAAUGGCUACCAUUGCCUGGUGACAAACCAUGUCAAGGAAACUUGCUUUCAAGUUUAAAUCUCAAUUCAUCUAUUUUUAAUCUUGAAGCACUUUCAAAAUAAUUAUAACCUGAAAUAAAUAGCCUUCCAUGCCUUUUAAUUUGUGGAGAUAGCAUUAUAGGUUGCUUUUAUAUUUGUCAUCUUUAAACAUACUAUUUAAUCCCAGGUGGGGUCUAACUUAGAAUCACAAACUGUUGUUCUGUCUGGAGCCAAUAAGCAAAUACAAUGUUAUCCUCCUUAAAGGGACUUGUUAUUUUUCAAAACCAUAGAUUCUGGAUUGUGGAGUAGUGUCUUGCAGGUUUAAACUGCAGGACCAUUUCUUUUUUAUUGUGCUAUGUUGAAAGCAUUCAAAGCGGCGCAAAAUAUUGUGAAUAAUGUGGUCCCCUUAUCAAAAUAGUGAUAAAUCUUGUGGUUGGUUGGCUCACCAAGCUGGUUCAUUGUUCUUGGUUGCAGUGUAGUCUACUGUAUACAUUUUUCCGUAUAAGUUCAUCUUCAGUAGGCAAUAUAACUUCAUCUUUUUGACCUUACGAUUUACCAGCAGUUUGCUCACUACCAUCUAAAUAAAUUCUAAGUAUCUUACUUCAUACUGUCAAUAGAGUACAUGCCAAGGAAUCUCAAGAUGCAAAUCACCACCACAUUCUCUCACCCACAAGAAUGCAGGGGGAAAAAUCAUCUGGAUUGGUUUUAUUAUUUUGGGGAACUCUGGAUAGAGGGUUCAUUUAAUUAGUGCAUAUGACUUGAUGUGUGGCUUGACUGUUGCUAUGCACAUAAUGGUGGUGGAGUUUUUGUGACAUGACCUAAUGCUUGCAUGGACUUUCUGAGCACUUUGCAAGAAUAUGAAUGGGGAUCAUUCCUAAUGCAACCCCAUUAUGUUUUUGUGAAAGUAAACAAGAUUGAGAUUAUCAAAAUAUACAGAAAAUGAAAUGUUUCCAGCAGUGAUUUGAGAUUUUCUUUGGCUGAAACUUUGGAAAUCAAAAAGCUACUAGCUCAGCAACUUUUGAUUUGGGCAUUAAUUAGGCUGAUGAUUUGAUGAUAGACUUAAAUCUGCAAUGGUAAAACUGUCAAUGGAAUCAAAUAUGCGAAUGAAUUUUGCACAGGUGGAUUUCCACAUCAUGUUUUUGCUAUAUUUUCAUAAUGUAUGUUUUUAACAUUAUUUGAAGGGCCUCUUCCAUUUAUUGACAUUUUGAUUCCUACCAGCUACGUGCACGUUUAAUUUUUAUGUAAGUUCACGUGGCUUUGUGUUGUUGGUUUCCCCAGUUAUCAGUCCACUAGUUAAUCAUUGUAACUUUAAGACAGUUGUAAUUUUGAGCAAUUGUCCUAAAGUUAAAAAUAUUACAAUUUUUAAAAUGCCAGAGAGUAGUACUUCUAUCAUCCAUUCAAAUACUGGUUGAUGAGAAGUUAACCCUGAUGAAGUCUGAACUAAAACUUUCAGGUGGCUAGAGGGAUUUUACAAUUGUGUUCUUCCAGUGUUUAUAGACCUUUAUCUCAAAAGUUCUCAAAUUAUUUUUAAUCUGUUGUUGUUGUAAAGUUCUUUCCUUGGUUGAUUUUUGGAGAACUGCUAUUGACUUGUUCAUUAAAACCUCCUCCUUCCCAGUCAUUGAAAAAGCUCAUAGAUAUGUUGUGACCUCUGUAUUGUACAGUAAUAGGUACUAGGGAGUGAAUUGCAAAACAAUAACAAGCAUUCAGAUAACAGCAUAUGCUACCAGAAUGAAGCCUGAAUUGUUUAUCGUUGUUUUCUGAACUCAACAGAGUUAUUGCUGUUGAUUCCCUCUUCUGUAUUAAAGUUGUUGUAUUGUAUGUAGUGUUUGUCAUUCCAUCAUGUCUUUGGUCAUUUUUGCUUUUACUCUGAGCUUUCAAGUGUGGAAACUUUGAAGUGGCGAAAAUCUUUAAUGGCAAUGUGGAAAUAAAUGUACAACAUGACAGGUCCUGAGAGAUUUUGGAAUCAGAUUGCUGGAAGGUAGUGCACACAAUAUAUAUUCUACAUUUAGAGAACUUGUGUUUACUUUCCUACCUUCCCCUGUGCACAUCUUUGUACAAUUUCCAAAGAGCAUGAUACAAUACACUGAGCAAGGCACCAAAAAAUGAAGUUUUAAUUUGAAAAUCCUCAGGUAUUAACGUCUCUAAUCCUAUGGUGGUUUUGAGGUUAUUAAAUUGCUAUUGGAACAAACCAUGUCAUAAUCAAUAAUGCCAUUAUUGACUAUCUUAAACCCCUCAAUGCACAGCUUAUACAGUCUAUUUCCUAGUAACACUUCUCAACCAAACUGUUUGCAUGCAUCCUUGUGGGCAACUUUGUUUAUACUGACGCUGUUCUGAUGCAAAUGCAGUUCUUGUACUACUGAUCUCUACAGACAGUAAUAUUCCCAUGUGAGUUUGUGGAACAGUACCUGACCCUCGGGCACGAUAAAGAGGGGGCACACAUUUUUUAAUUUGUGAAAUUUGUAAUUUAAGCCACAGAUCAACUGCCUAUGUAUGGUUACCACAGCUAAUAUUUUCCUAUAUUCAACAACUACCAAAGCUUACCAGUGAUUUUGUUAAAUUGUCGAUUCCUGUAGGAAGCAAAUAGAUUUUAUGGUAACAGCAAAAUUGUUUUUCUUUGAAACGCUUAGAGAGUUUUGCUUUCAUGCUUUUACCUUUAUUGGUCCAAAAAUUGGCAUAAGAUACUGAUUGCCCUUCAGCACCUUGCUCCAUAAGUGAAGUAACUUGCAAGUAAUCUUGAAGGAUCACCCACUUUAAGCAGGUAGUACCCGAUAGUCAAUAAGUUAAUUGAAAUGAGGGCUAAAUUGCUCAUAAUGAAGUUUACAGUUUAUCUUUUCCCAUAAUCUAGUGUUUCCAAACAUAAUUUAGAUAUGGCAGAAAACUUCAAGCCUGCUUGGAAUCAGUAAUGAAAGACUUUUAAUGGCAAUUGGGCAGCCCAUCUUUUAGUUAGUUUCACCUAGUCACUACUGCAUUCUGUAUAUAUAAUUAUAUAAUAUAGACUGUAUAUUAUGUAAUUUAUAUAUCUGUUUCUGAUCUAAGAAUGUAUUGCGUUUAACCAUUUAUAGGUAAAAGGUAAAUUUAUAUUUGGAUUGUGACUUUUUAAUGACAUGUAUUCUGAGGAUUUGCCUCCUAUCCUUCCAGUUUGAUCCAACAAAAGAAAAACUCUCUUAAAUGCAGUCAGCAGUAAUAUUGUUGAGAAUGGAGGCUCCUCUGUGCAGAGCAAAAGCAAAAAGGCAUUCAUCUGCCUUGUAGUACCCCUUGCUUUUCAUUUGCAGUAUUUUAAAUCUGGAAUGAAAUUAUUCCUUUUAUUAAACUUCCUGUUUUUCUAUUCACUGUAUGUAUGUAUGUAUGUAUUCAGUUUAUGAAUGGGGGAAAAAGCGGGAUACUGUAUUACUGUGAUGGUAACCAAGUUGAUUGAGAAUAAAAUGCCCACUUAUGUGUAUGUUUGUUGCAGUAAAGAGUUUUAAAUGGUCAUCACUUUUUUUAAUUUUGCUCUUAUUCAUGAUUGUGAAUCAUAAAACUUUACAAAACAGAAAAAACUGUGGUUCUACCUGUGUUUCCUUGGGACACUGGUCUUUGUAUGAAAUACGUAGUUUCAUACAAGAAGUGUUUGAUUUUUGAAGUAAUCAAGCUUUUGCAGUCACACAAGCAAGAGCUAACCACUUGAACCUUUUUCAAACAGCUUUCCAAAGCACUUUGUCAAUAUUUAUUGCUGGUGCAGUGAUUAGUGGUUGUUUAGCUGAAUUAUUUAAGAACUUGAUAAUCGAUCAUUUCUAUUGUCAGUUGAUUAUUUGUUUAAUUUGUCAUUUUUCACGUAAAACACCAAAAACAAUUAAAAUUUAUUACUAAAUUUCCUUUCAUAAUAGUCUUCAUCUACAGUUACGUUUUUAAAUAUUGACUUUGUUUUAGGAUAAAUUACGUGUUUUAAUUUUACACUAAAAAUAAUAUCUUUGAAUAACUCCUAACAGAAACAACUUGUAUUUUAUAUAAUCUUUUUAACAAAAGGAAUGCUCCAAAAUACUUUGUGAUUUGGUACAAGGAAGGUUAUGUUUGGCAACGAGGGAUGACUGAAAGUCUUGUCAAAGAAGUGCAUCUUUUGAGUUUUUGGCUUUAUUCAGUAAUUGAAGUUGCAUUGUCCUCAAAGAAAGAGAUUCAGAUAAAGAUUUCAGUGUUACACUUGCUUAUUUCCAAUGGACAAGUCAAGUCCUCAAACAGCUUGGAAAAUCCUCUUGGAAACUGGCUGUAUCCGAGAAUAUCUAUCCAGCUUAAUGCAAGCAUUUCCGAUCAGUUUGAAGUAUUCAAUAAAAUAAGCUACUUUACAGUGACUGUGCUUGAUUUGCUUUCUUAACAAAAAAACUCCGUAGUUGUACUGACCAGAAUAAUGUUCAAUAUAUUUUGCAGUUAGGCUGGUACCACACUUGGACUUUUACUUCUGAGAACUGGACUGAAAUCCUGACAUGGUCAUGCUCCUUCUGAACCAGCCGUAUGGGUCCUAUUUUAUGUAUGUCUGGGACACUCAGCCCAAAUGGUAGUGUGUAAAUGUUUGUAAUCUGAAACUGCGUUUAUAACUGCGCAAAUCUCCACAAGUCCACAGGCUGAUGUGGAAAAUGAAAAUGCCUGCACUGGUGCAGCUUUGUUCUGGGUCUGACUUGGUUUGUUUGUUUGUUUUAAACAUGACCUAGGAGAGCUCAGUUUUACCUAGAUGGUGGACACAAUGUAAAAUAAUUUAUUUCCACAAUUCUUGACAUUCUUUACUUGGAAAGCGCAAAAAUAUUACCAAACAACUUUAACAAGUUGUUUUUGUAAUUGGUGAAUCUCUUGAAAUAAUUUGCAGCCAGCAGUCACACAAGUAUCUGCAGACUUGCAAUUAUCUGCUUUACUUGUGAAAUAUCAACCUUCAUUCACUACUAUCCAUUAAAGUCACCAUCUACUUGAUUGCAGAUUAUUGGGAAUAUAAUGGAUUUUUUUCCAGGUAUGGUCAUUGUGUCACUUUCUGUCAGAACUCAUUCGUCUUGAUGCAUCUGAGACCACUGCAAUGAUAUGUCUGUGCUUCAAAUUUAAUUCUAUCAGCUUAAAGCACAUGCUGUAAUAUGAGACAAGUAGCCUUUCAAAAGGCAUAUCACACAUUUUGGAUGAACUUAAGUGUGUCUCCACUGUAAUUCUGUGUAUUUCUCUAAAUAUUCUACUUUGCUACUUUAAGUUGUGCAUUAAAAAGAGCUUUACUCUCAGAAGAUGUUUUUAUCUUGCACUUAAGGAUAAUACAUAAUAUGCUACAGUACAAAAACUAACCUAUUCAGGACAUAGCUGAGCUGUUUAGCACUAAAAUGGCUUAGAAAUCUAAUCUUUCGACUGUUAAAAUGUCAUGAGCAACUGUGUAUUUUUCAGCUUUAACUUGGUGUCUGUCAGUUGCUAAAGAUUUAAAAUUAAGUUUAAAUGUACCAGCAUUUUUAGGUUUGACUUCCCUCUGCCCAGGCACUGAAGAAACACUAAGUGUGCUAUAUCUGUCCAACCUCAAAUUCAUUCCAGCUUCAUGUUCCAGGUCAUUUAAGUAGCUCAGGAGUGCCUGUGCACCAGGAACAAGAAAAUCAAAAGCAGUUUUAGGCUUCUCUCAUUUGUAGCUGCAUCUGGCCUUGAUAAUUUUGGCUACUGAUGGAGAUUAAUAACAUAAGAGAAAGAGAAUUUUUUAAAAAUAGAUUGCUGGGAUCUAGCUUCAGAUCUUUGGCUUGCCCUGGAAUCUUCCAGGAUUCAGUGGGAGCCAUUUUGGGAUGCCCAGCAAAUAUGACUGCAUGAAAUAAGGCCAAAAACUGUAAGUGCCCCUUUUCUGAUAUAUUUAAAUGGUACUGUCUGGGUUUCUGUAGGUGCAGGCCUGAGUAUCCACCCACCAGGAAAACUCUGAAAAUACCAAAGCAGUAUUUACAGUGCGCAGACCCUGUGACCUGGGGAGCUGCUAUUCUUUUACCUGUGUACCAAGAAUGCUGGUUUCCAAACUUCUAAGAGAGUAGCCUUUUUGCUUACAAGUAAUCAUAUUUAUCAAAGUUACCCUGUUUGCCAGUUUUGGAUGUUAAAAAUUGAGCAUAUAACACCUUGUAUGUGAGAAAUCUUACUGCAUAGCAAGAUAAUGGCAGUGACAACACUCUGCCCAUGCCAUGUUUUGGAGUUUCAUAGUCCUAACUAGAAGUUAUGGAAAAUUUGAACACCGUGUCUUUUAGUCAUCUGAUUUCGGUGCUAAGUUGAUGGGUUUCCUUCACACAAACUCUGUCACCCUCCCAGUAGACAGCAUCUUUGUCACAAACAUUUUAGUACAGUUGUUUGUUUGCCAUGUCAAACGUUGGCCCCUAGAAAAGACAUUUGGAGUUACAGUACGUGAGAAUAAAGUACCAUUGCAUACCAGUGUGUCACCAUUUCAACUGUUGAGUUAGUGUGUUGUGCAACUGGUGUAAAAGUGACUUUCAUUUCUCUGUGCUAUGUUUUUACCAAUAAAUUAAACCUAAUCAUAGCAACGGGUGGUCCUUUUAUAUUUAUCAACUGAAAAGGAUACGAUUGUUAUUUAUGGUUAUAGGAAGUUUUUGUUCCCUGAUUGGAGACCCAACAAUUGAGGGACAACAUGAAGGUCACCAUUUUAUUGACUAUAAAGUGCAAGCUCAUUUUUAAACUUCACUUUAUCCCCAGGAACUGGUCAGUACUAGAGUACAGAGCACUACUUCAGUCUUAGGACACUUGUCUGGAAGUAUAUUCAUUUUGAGGUAUUGAACUAAUAUAUUUCAACAAAUGAGAUUGUUAUUUGCAGUGGGUAGACUGUGAAACAUUGUACACUGUUUGUGUAGCUAAAAAUAAAAUGUGCAAAUGCUGGAACCUUAAAAAAAUGGUAUACAUACAGGCCAACCAAUAUCUGAGAAAUGAGAGACCAAACUUUCCUCAGGUGCUUAGAGACCUGUGCAUUGCGCCAUUUGCUGUUUCUAUUUCACUGUGGCGCUUUUAUAGACUGCAUAAUGAUAUACUUCACUAACGUUAACAAGUUUUUGAGGAAAACUUUUUUCUAAAAAGUUUAAACACUUAUAAUAUGUACAACAGAUAACUGCUAAAGUGAAGUAGACUGCAUGUUUUUGGCUAUAUGGAAAAAUUCUAAAACUUUUGUUUUCUGAUCAGGAAAAGGGUAAAAGCCCAGUCCCUCAAUUCCUUUUUUUUAAACAAACAUGCACAUAUUCUUAUAUACCUCAUGAAAAUGUGAAUAUGACAUUAGCAAUGAUGAACUGACUAUUCUGGAUCGACUAUCAAUUAUGAAUAAUCGCAAUCGUUGUACCUUGCUGAUUUGAUUUUUGCAGGCAGUUUUUUUAACCUGUAGAUGUAAAAUUUUGUUUAGUUUGAAGCUGUUAUUAAUUGGUCUGAGGACAGUAAAGUGUAAUCUUAAUAAAGAUGUGCUGCCUCAAAAAAGCUGACCCAUAGCGUGUUUAAAAUGCGUGAAUAUUGUGUUUUUAUACAAAUGUACGGAAUUCCAAGUGCAAUACUCCACUGUCUCUUUACAGUAGUUUUCUUGAUGGACUUAUUCGUAUACGUUUGUGUGUAAGUACGAUAACAGACCGUUAUUGUCUUGACAUUUUUUCUCCUGUGAUCAAUAUGAAUUGCAUUAUGUUGCUUUUAAAAACUGCUCCAGAGCCUUUGUACAUGUAUUAUAUUAUAAUUAUAUAUAUUUGUGUACUGGAGAAAAAUUACUGUAAGUUUUGUACUGUCAUGGCUGAAGGUCUACUAAAAUAAAUUUGAAAAACUCA